UGUGCCGAGCGUUCGAGGGAUGGGCUCAUGACCGGCGACGGUCUAUCUUACAAUUUGAUAAUUCCGUUCGUUAAGUCCUUAGGCUCAGGGGUUGCCCCCUUGUCCCUUAGCUUUGUUGGGUUAAGUGCCCGAUAAUUAGCAAUAUGGACAAAAGGAAGCUGUCAACACAGGGGGACUCCUUGUAUGAACUCCUAGGCUUACCCAAAACAGCCACCCAGGAGGAAAUCAAGAAGACAUAUAGGAGACUGGCCCUGAAGUAUCAUCCUGACAAAAAUCCAGACAAUCCAGAAGCAGCUGAAAAGUUCAAAGACAUCAACCGGGCGCACGCCACGCUCAGCGACUCGAUCAAACGCAACAUCUACGACAACUACGGCUCCCUCGGCUUGUACAUCGCCGAGCAGUUCGGCGAGGAGAACGUCAACACCUACUUCCUGGUGACGUCCGGCUGGUGCCGCGCGCUCUUCAUCUUCUGCGGCGUCAUCACCGGCUGCUACCUCUGCUGCUGCUUCUGCUGCUGCUGCAACUUCUGCUGCGGGAAGUGUCGGCCGGCCGCGCCCGACGAGUCCGGCGCCUACCACAACCUCAACCCCGACGACCCUGCAGUGGUGACCUCCCAGCCGACCUCGGCUGGGCCCGUCCGCGGCGAGGGAGACGGCGACGAGGAGUUCGACCUGGAGGCGGGCAGUCCGGAGCGCGAGGCAGCCGCCGGCGCCGGCGAGCCGGUCACCAGCCAGCCGCAGGCGUUCGCCAUGCCGCCGCCGCCGUCGGCCAACCAGAGUCAGCCGCACCAGUCCGCCAACCCUAACAACCCGUUCGCCAUGGCGGCGCCGGCGCCAGCUCCGGCGGCCGAGGCCACCACAGGCUACGGGCUGCAGUAGCUGUCCGUUGCGCGGCGCUAGUGUCGGACAGGACCGCCGUCGUCGACGCCGGCCUCGCCGACAGUGCCGGACUGAUUCCGACGUAGGCCGGCGUUCGCGUCGCACCGCGGCUGGAUAGAGGUCGCGAACCCGUGCCUAGGUCAAGCACCCGAAAAUGCCGAGGAUCCAAAACAAGCACCUAUCGAGAAUCUUGCCGGCUGCGUGACCUGUCAGUCAGGUGGCGCCGGUGGACGGGUCCGCUGUGCCGGACUGGUUGCACUGGCCUGAUGACGUGGGACUGACCCGCGCCUUCACUCAGCCUGCGCCAUGUUGGGAUCCGGAAUUCCGCGUGCAUGCCUUCUUCCGGUGCACGUUAUGUUCGGUGGGGUCUCGAGAUACACGCUUAGAGGCAUUGUCCGGUGCCGCUUCAAAUUCAGCAGCCGAAUGGUCGUCUCGUCGUCGGCUGGCAGAAACAGUCCGGCAUGCCUGGCCUCCGGGGGAGUCGGUGCCGCGGCGGCUGCCCGGUGUGGGGCCUCGGCCGGUGCCCCGCAGCGCGUGUCGACCUUGGAAGCAUCCUCGGCGACCCGUCCCCGGCUGGUGGAACUCGCCGACCGGGGGCCGCUCUGCCGCCAGGCGGCGGUCGCGUCAGUAUUACCCCUCGACGGGGACGCGUGGAGGCGGGCCGGCGCGCGCAGGACUGAGGCGGUCGGCGCGGGAAGAGCCCGCCGCCGACCUCUAGUCAUGCUGGCCAGUCUCGUCGCCAGCAGGGAAGGGAAGGGGGGUGGCUGUCCCUGGUCUCGCCCUCGUGGAUAGAAUCGCCGCGUGUGAUGUUGGUGCACUCGCAAUAUAGGCGCCGGGGGAGGCGCUCGCUGAACGUGGUUCUAAUCAGCGGUCGGUCCGCGAUGUACAUACUAGCGGGCGUUCACUUUGCCGUCUGCACAUCGAUGGUGCAGCAGUGAUGAGUGGGUGUGGCACCUGGCCAACACACCUCUAGUCUCCUGUGUUCUAAUUGGUUUGCUGUACCCGCCUGUUAGACUUUUGUCAGUGCCGGCGCUACCAGUGUGUGUUGUGCCGUGUGUGGGUGUUACGGAGCUAACUUAGCUAUAGGUGUGACCUCUGAGUCUGUCGAUCUUCAGACAUUCCCUUUAUCGCGCCUCGCCAUAUCUUGAGCCUUCCCUCGCCUUCAUGUGGUCCAGUGAGUGCGUCCCUUAUCUCACUUUAUCUCAACAUUCCUGCCACCGUCGAGUACUGAGCAAAUGCCUAUCGAACAACUAUCAAGCCUUGGUUUGUCAGAAAGUGCUCAGAUGUGGCGCCGCGCAGUCUCGCGCGCUCGAUGACGCAUGUGAUAAUUUCGAUUCGUCGAUUUCUAGUUGAUUUUUUUGCGCCGGUCGGUAGGAGCGCGUUUGUGCGGGUAGUGAGGACCGGUUCGCUGUUCGCCGAGGCCGAGGCGCUCGCUCGCCACGUGCCGAGGGUGGUCGUGGUGAUGUGGCCUCGUAUCGUCCGUCAAUUCUAGCGUUUGUACGCAAACACGCGCUCCAUGGCUAUAAAUAUAUAUGAUAAGGAACGCG